AUGAUGGUGCCCGACUAUGCAUUAAUCGGCGAGAUUUCGCUUUAUUCCAUGGGUUUUGUCCUCGCCAAAGCUCUCGCCAGUAAGAUCGUCGCCACGUACAAACUCUGUUCAGAGCAGCUUUCAUCCCAACACCACUACGAUUACGGCAUGCGAGCAGUGAAGUCAGUGCUCACAGCCGCAGGCAAUCUACGGCAAAAAUACCCCGACGAGGAGGAGGCCAAGCUGGUUCUCAAGGCCAUUAAAGAUGUGAAUCUGCCUAAGUUCUUGGCGCAGGACAUCCCCCUCUUUGAGGGCAUCAUUUCGGAUCUAUUUCCGGGUGUUCACCUGAGUGAGGGCGACUACGGCGCAUUCUUUGCCGCGGUUAAGGAUCAACUGGCAGCUCGCCAACUCCAGCCUGUUCCCUGGUACCUUGACAAGAUCUUGCAGGUCUAUGAAAUGAUCCUUGUGCGACACGGACUUAUGAUUGUCGGAGAGCCGUUGUCGGGGAAAACACAGUCCUACCAGACUCUAGCGAAUGCUAUCACCCAGCUAUCUGAAACUGAACCCUCGGCAGGCGAAACACCUGUUCACUACGGCAUAAUCAAUCCCAAGUCUAUCACAAUGGGACAAUUGUAUGGCCAAUUUGAUCCAGUCUCCCACGAGUGGUCAGACGGCGUCUUGGCGGUGAUGUUCCGUGACUUUGCCACAGCGCAGGAUGAUAACCGCCGAUGGAUCCUCUUUGACGGUCCCGUGGAUGCUGUCUGGAUCGAGAAUAUGAACACCGUGCUUGAUGAUAACAAAAAGUUGUGCCUCAUGUCCGGUGAGAUCAUUUCAAUGUCAAAGGCGAUGAAUCUGAUCUUUGAGCCGGCUGACUUGGAACAAGCCAGUCCGGCCACUGUCUCGCGGUGCGGCAUGAUCUUCAUGGAGCCCUCGCAGUUGGGCUGGCGUCCAAUGGUUCAUUCAUACUUGCAGCACGGCCUGCCGCCUGUUCUCAACGAGGAGCAUCGGGAGCUGGUUAGCGAUCUGUUUGAGUGGCUUGUGGACCCCUGCCUGGAAUGCGUCAAUUUCCACUGUAGUCAGCUGAUGCCUGUGUCGGAGCUGCAUGCCGUCAAACAGCUGAUUACACUGUUUGAUGCUCUGUUGGAUGAAAUGCGUGAACUGGGAGCACAGCCGGUCCAAACAGAUGAAGGUAUUUUCACAAAUUCGGCAAUUUUGUUUGUAUUUGUGCGCAUUUGCUUUCGUCAGAAAUUUAUCUCAGUAUUCACUCGUGUGUGCUUGAUUUGCACUCUUCUGGGUUCAGUCAGCGUGCAAGUUAUAAACGCCCCAUAA